AUGGCAGCAAAAGGAAAGGGGAUAGAGCCUGCUUUUCCCGAUGAUAUCAUCAAUCGGUCAUUGACAUCCCGACAUUUGAGCACCGUGCGGCAGGUGCAGAUGUUGGAGAAUGAGAUCCGCACUCUCUGUAUUGCCUCGCGUGAAAUCUUUCUUUCACCGCCUAAUCUUCUUGAGCUUGAAGCUCCUAUAAAGAUUUGUGGCAACAUUCAUGGUCAGUACGUAGAUCUUUUAAGGCUUUUCGAAAUUGGGGGAUUCCCUCCGGAGGCCAAUUAUUUGUUCUUAGGGGGAUAUGUGGACUAUGGGAGAGAGAGUAUAGAAACAAUAUGCUUUCUUCUUGCCUACAAAAUUAAAUAUCCCGAAAAUUUCUUUCUUUUAAGAGGAAAUCACGAAUGCACUUCUGUUAAUAUGAUACAUGGAUUCUAUGACGAAUGUGAAGGUCGCUACAACGUGAGACUCUGGAAAGCCUUUAUUGAUUGUUUUAACUGCCUUCUGGUGGCUGCUCUUAUUGGUGAUAAAAUACUCUGCAUGCAUGGUGGUCUUUCUCCUGAUCUACAUAACUUUGAUCAAAUAAGAAAUAUGACUUGUCCAACUGAUGUUCCCGACUCUGGUUUGGUUUGUGACUUAUUUUGGUCGAAUCCUAGCCAAGAAAAAGAUCCUGCAACCAGCCAAUACAAGGUGGUUUUUGUGAAGUGA